CACACCCACAGACAGACACAGAGAGAGGCUGUAGUUGUUCAGGCUCCCAGUGACUGGGAAGGUGGACCAGGGCUGGUCAGCAAUGGCUCUAGCAGAUGCUGUCCUGCCCUCGAUCAGCUCCUUCUCCACUUGCAGCAACUUCCAGGAGAAACAAAACGCCAUCCUCAAGUGGUGGGAGGUAGACAGCGGCUCAGCGAAGGCGGACUCAGCGAUGGGCAAGAGCUCGACGGAGGAGAGGGCCAGCCCGCUGCUCGCUCCCGACCAGAUCAAACGUGAGGAGGACGACGACUUCGGCUCCUACCUGGACCUGGACCUCUUCCUGUCAGACCUGACCGGCGUGGAGACUGGCGCUGCCACGGCAGGCUACCCCUUGGCCGACGGCAAGGCCAGGCGGGAGGCUGAGAAUGGAGCGGACUGGCGCGGCCCAGAGAACCCGCGGGCCAGCCUGGUGGCUGAACUCCUGUCCCCCGACGUCCAGUCCAGCCACCCGGCCAACCUGGCCGCCUGCGCUGACCCCCGCAGCAAGAUCUACACCAACCUGGGGGGCAUCGAGCGCAUCACACCAGCCCCGGCGAUGGACAAGCCGGUCGAUCAGCCGCACGGGCUGGCGGGGAAGCCGGUUGCCAUGGCCGCUCCCCCGGCCGAUCCCCUGCCCAGCGACAAGCCCGUUCUGAUGCCAACGGGCCAUGUACCAAACCCCAUGGGCCACCUGUACUACCCUCCCGCCCAGAUGGACCACCGCCCGGCAGAUCUGAGAUUGCAAGGCCGCGGCCAGCAGCUCGCCCAGUUACAGAUGGCCCAGCGCUAUCGGUAUUGCCAGCUUCAACAGCCGCUGCCCCUCAGCUACCAGGUACUGUCCCGGUACCCGUCAUACUACCCGCGCCAGCCGCCUGCCCACCAGUAUCAGGGGCAGGUCCACUUCUACACGUCUGACUUCAAGGCUGCCCACGCCGCGCAGGGCACAGUCCUGCCGCCACUUCCUCCUUCCUCCCCCUCCUCGCUGUUGGCCAUGGUGCCACCCGCACCAGAGGAGGCAAAGGUGAAGCGGGGCCGGAGGGUGUGGUCUCGGAAGCGUGCCACCAGCCACACCUGCGACUACCCUGGCUGCGGCAAGAUCUACACCAAGAGCUCCCACCUGAAGGCGCACCUCCGUACCCACACAGGUGAGAAGCCCUAUCAGUGUACCUGGGAAGGCUGCAGCUGGAAGUUCGCUCGUUCCGAUGAACUGACCCGCCAUUACCGCAAGCACACCGGCCACCGGCCCUUCCAGUGCCAUCUGUGCGAGCGGGCGUUCUCCAGGUCGGACCACCUGGCUCUUCACAUGAAGAGGCACAUGUGACCCUCGCCAACCAACCCACCCCUUCCCCCCCCCGACAUCCCCCACCACCCCAGUUCCCCCCAACCCCCCUCACCCAGGCGGGGUGCGGCUUGCAUGGGCCACCUCCUCCUAGGCCCCUCCCAUUCCUAGGAGCAGUGACUCCCAUCUCGCCAUGAGGAGAGGGGCAACACGGUGCUGAUUCAACCAUGAGGGGGCAAGGUUGUGCCACUCGGGGAGGGAGGGUGGGUGAAAGAGUCAACUGUGGAGGAGAUUGUAUGAAAAUAAAAUCGCAAUGUAAGCGAGACUCUCCGUGCCUUAAGCAAACCUCCCCACAAUCCGAAUGCCCCGGGUUGAAAGAACAUGUGCCUUUUUUUUGGGUGUUUGAUUAGGGGAAAGGGCAGGCUCCCCUCUCCUCGUCAUGUAGACACUCUGCUGGGCUAGCCCAGGGCGCUGUCCACAGUGUUCCCUCCCUUGCCCUGCCACAGUCUGGUUAGUCUUCCAUCCGGCUGGAGGUUAGGGUCACGUCUGGGAGGCGGGUAUGCUAUUCUCGACACCUUGUGAUGUAGAAACAGCCUCUGACGAAUGGACCCACUGAAAUCACCCUGGGUGCCAUUCUCCAACGUGCCAGUCAGUGCCUGGGGUAAAAGGGGCUAAGAGUCUUUGCCUCCCACCCUCCUAGUGACUGCACAUCUCCUCCCUGUGGGUGGUUACAAUCCCUCCCCACCCCCACCCAUCUCGCUCCCCCACCCCCACAUAUUUCGGACUGUACGCCUUCUGCUCGGUGUUAGCAAUCGCCCGCCUGGUGUUCAAGAGCGGAGUGCCUCUCCAAAACAUGUGUUGCCCAAGUAGUGGUGACCCCGCUUGGGAAAUGUGCGGUGCGGAGGCCGAGCAGGGGUGGAGUCAGGGGUAGGGGGCAGUGUGAUUUCCUGCCAAUACUCACGCCCAUCCGUCGUGAUGGACCAUUGAGCCCUGGUUCCAGUUCCUGGCGCAGUGAACCUAGCUCAGGAGCUGGCAUGGGCAGGGAACGUUGUUUCAGGUUGACAUUCAGCCGGGCACCCAGGACGCGGGCCUGUGUUUUGGAUGUGUCAAGUGCUGGAUCGCCAUGACGAUCCAGUCUCCAUCGUGUUAGCCAAUGCCUGACAAGAUGGCCGCCCUUCCAGAGAGCCUGUUCGUGAGCAACGAUGAGCUCUUCCGGGUCAGAAGAGACGUGGUUGAGAAGCAGUGGAAGUUGAUCUUAAAUAGAUUUCAGUGAAGCAACUGAGAAGGUCAUUGUCAGAAUCUUACCCUGGAUUCACAUUCCUGUAUCGCAUUGUAGACCUUUGACCUAUUGCAUUGACGGUCCAAUGGAUCUGUCUCUCUGGUCAAACUUCCAAAUCCCAAUCCCACACCUCCUUCCACGCUCUUCCAAAUCCCAAUCCCACACCUAUUUCAAAACCCUUCCAAAUCCCAACCACCCACUAUCUCCCCAAACCCUUUCACAAACUCUCCUUAAACUCUCAUUUCCCCCAACCCCAUCUACCUUUCCCAUCAUCCCAGAUCUCCCCCAAACCCAGUCCCUCAAUCCCACUUACCCUCCUUCUCCUUCCAGCCCACUUCCUCCAGCCUCCUCUACCUUGCCUCCAACUAUCCCUCUGUCCUCUUCCAAAUACUCCCACUUCCCUCCUGUUCCCCUUUCUGUCACGCAGCACUGAUGAUGCCCUGUGGCGUUUUGUCCCACAUUUCGGAGUUGGAAGAAUUGAAAGGGAUUCCCUUGUUGCCAAUAUUUUAGCAGGUUCGGGCCUCUUGUGUUGUGGUUUGCAGGAGAUCAGUUUGUAGUUUCACUGUAAAUAUCCCCAGGUCUGUAACUAAUGUGAGAUAGACUAAUACAGAGUAUCUUGUUAAGGGCAGGAGUUGAGGGUGAAUAUUUUGUAAUUUUGUUCUGGUGGUUACGUUGAAAUAAAAUGUACAGAUUAAAUCCUUUCACAGUGCUCAUCAA